GCAAAUGCGAAAUUUUCCGCGCAAGUUUCAGCUCCUCCCGCCGAAUUCGAAACCGAAAUACAAAACGAAAGAACGAAAGAGAAGGAAAAGGAGGGAGCUCUGGUUGUUCUCUUCCUCUGUCUGUCUUCCUCUCUCUGUUCCCGCCUUCCCCAUUUUCGCUCCCCCUUCAAAACUCAAAACCCUCCAAAGCUCAACUCCCUUCCAGCUUCCAUCUCUCUCUCUCUCUCUCAAUUUGUCAAGACGAAGGAGGAGGAACAGCUAAAGCUGCUGCUGCUGCUGCUGCUUCCGUUUGUGAGCCGAGAGCGAUGAACUACCAGGGCUUGCCUCCUCUGAAACGGUUCACUCUCCUGCGACAGAGGCAGAACCAAGAGAACGCGAACCCUGCAUCGGACUCUCUCCCGCUUCCCGCGAAGAAACGCAAGGAGUCUCGCCACCUGGCUCCGCUUUCUCCGGAUCUCGCGGGCCGCGCCACCACCUACUGCUUGCCCACGAAGAAGAGGGUGUGGGCUCUGGACCCUGAUCUGAAGCCCCUUUUGCCUCUCGACCUCAAUGCCGAGUACAAGCCUUGUUCUCUCGAAGUCGGGUCCGAAGCAGAGAAGGAGAGAGCUUCCCAAGCCAAGAAAAUCUGUGAAGAGGAUGGGGAAGAGGGACAGCCUUCGGUUUUGGAUCCUAGCGCUCAUGAAGCAGUGGCAAUCGGCGACCCAGAAGAUCAAGUGGAGACAAACGUGGAAGAAGAAGAGAGAGAUGGUAGUGGCAACGAGGAGGAGGAGGACGGGAUCGUCUGUGCUAUUUGUCAAAGUACUGACGGAGACCCGGAAGACCCGAUCGUGUUCUGCGACGGCUGCGAUCUGAUGGCGCACACCACUUGCUAUGGGAAUCCUCUCGCGAAGGGUGUUCCGGAAGGCGACUGGUUCUGCAAUCAAUGCUUGGUUUCUAAUGCCUCUAAAAACAGAGUUGAGUCCUUCUCUUGUUGUUUGUGUCCAAACAGUGGAGGUGCUUUGAAGUCCACCGUUGACGGCUCGUGGGCUCAUGUUGUUUGCGCACUGCUUGUCCCUGAGGUCUUCUUCGAGGACCCAGAAGGGAGAGAUUCGAUCAACUGUUCUAAGGUUCCGAAGAAGAGGUGGGAGAAGAAGUGCUAUGUUUGCCAAGACACGAACGGCUGUGCCGUUGAUUGCUCCGAGCCUAAAUGCCCUUUGGCUUUUCAUGUCACUUGUGGGUUGAGUCAGGAUCUUUGCAUUGAGUACCGCGAAGGGAAAAGGAAUGCUGCCAUCGUUGCUGGUUUUUGCAAGAACCACACCGAAUUGUGGAAAAAGCAAGAACGGACAGGAAAGUUCAAGAUUGUAGCCAGGGAAGAGCAGCGGUAGCCGGACCUGGAGCGGUCAACUUUGAUGUUGUGGCAACAUUGAUAGUCUUGCUUUGCGAAUUGGCGAAAUGAGAUUUUCAGUACUGGAAAAGUUAGUUUGUAGUUUUGUAGGUUCUGUUAUGUGUUUGAAUCCCUAAUCUCAGUAGUCUAAUGCUUUUUUUUUUUGGUCAGAAGUCUAAUGCUUAAAUAACUCGUAAAUGAGUGUAAUCCUUUGCUCAGUGUUUCUUGUUGUCAAAGCUAAUUUGAAUGAAAUUUCUUUCUUCUGCAAUCACCUUACACUUUAG